AUGGCGUACGUAGCCACGCGCGCAGGCCCCUCGGCCUCGGCGCCGUCCGACGGAUCGCGGACGAUCACGCAGCGCGACAGCCAGCCCGGCGAGGAAGGCGCGCACCCCGACGGCCGCGAGGAAGUAGGCCGCCUCCGCCUCCGCGCCGCCCCGCGCAGCCGGCCGAGGGUCGUCUGGCGGGAGGACGUCGUCGACAACGAAGGCCUGGGGAAGAAAUCGUCAAAGAUCUGUUGUAUCUACCACAAGCCGAAGCGCUUCGACGAGUCGUCCUCUGAGGAGUCGUCUGACGAGGACUCGGGCUCGGGCGACGACGGGCGUGCCCGCCCUGCGAACCGCCGCCGGCACCACCAUCACCAUCAUGGAGAUGGGAGCCCUGACGGGCAGGCGGUGCGCGAUGGCGAUGGCGGAGGCGUUGUGCACGAGCUGGAGAGCGACUCCGACGACGUCAAUGUGUACGAGCGUCAGCCCAAAAACCCGAAGAAGGGCAAGGCACCUCAGAGAACCUGA